AUGAGGAGCGAGCCAGACUCAGCUGUUCCUGAAUCAAGAAAAGGCCUUGAUGCCACCAAGGCUGAGAGCAGAGCGGACAUGUGCGAAGGAGCCGUGCAGAAGAGCCUGGGAGACAACAGCCUCCUCCCUCGAGAUGGUCUGAAGACAUUUGAGGAGGUGUCUGUUCAUUUCACUGAGGAGGAGUGGGCCCUGCUGGAUCCAGACCAAAGAAGGCUUCACAAGGAAGUCAUGGAGGACAAUUAUCAAAAUGUGGCCUCUCAUUUCCCUGGAUUCAGACAUGCUGAAGUGAACGCAUGUUUUGCUUCAAGUUCAGAGCUUACUAUCCAUCAGCGUAUCCACACGGGGGAGAAACCUUAUAAAUGCUUGCAGUGUGGAAAGAGAUUUACUCAGAAUUCACACCUUACUAGACAUCAGCGUAUCCACACUGGGGAGAAACCUUAUAAAUGCUUGUGGUGUGAAAAGGGCUUUGCUGAGAGUUCAGAGCUUACUAGACAUCAGCAUAUCCACACAGGGGAGAAACCUUAUAAAUGCUUGCAGUGUGGAAAGAGCUUUGCUUGGAGUUCACAUCUUCCUAGACAUCAGCGUAUCCACACGGGGGAGAAACCUUAUAAAUGUGUGCAGUGCGGAAAGUGCUUUGCUCAGAGUUCACAGCUUAGUAUCCAUCAGCGUAUCCACACGGGGGAGAAACCUUAUAAAUGCAUGCCGUGUGGAAAGAACUUUGCUGGGAGUUCACAGCUUACUUUUCAUCAGCGUAUCCACACUGGGGAGAAUCCUUAUAAAUGCGUGCAGUGUGGAAAAAGCUUUGCUCGGAGUACACAGCUUACUAUUCAUCAGCGUAUCCACAGUGGGGAGAAACCUUAUAAAUGCGUGGAGUGUGGAAAGAGCUUUGUGUGGUGUUCAGAGCUUACUAGACAUCAGCAUAUCCACACUGGGGAGAAACCUUAUAAAUGCUUGCUGUGUCGAAAGAGCUUUGUUCGGCAUUCAGAUCUUACUGGCCAUCAGCGUAUCCACACUGGGGAGAAACCUUAUAAAUGCUUGCAGUGUGGAAAGGGAUUUGCUCGGAGAUCACAGCUUACUAAACAUCAGCGAUUCCACACUGGUGAGAAACCUUAUAAAUGCUUGGAGUGUGGAAAGAGCUUUGUCUGGCGUUCAGAGUUUACUGUCCAUCAGCGUAUCCACACAGGGGAGAAACCUUAUAAAUGCAUGAAGUGUAAAAAGAGAUUUGCUCAGGAGCUUACUAUCCAUCAGCGUAUCCACACGGGGGAGAAACCUUAUAAAUGUGUGCAGUGUGGAAAGAGCUUUGCUCAGAGUUCACAGCUUACUAUCCAUCAGCGUAUCCACACUGGGGAGAAACCUUAUAAAUGUGUGCAGUGUGGAAAGAGCUUUGCUCAGAGUUCACAACUUAUUGUCCAUCAGCGUAUCCACACUGGGGAGAAACCUUAUAAAUGCAUGCAGUGUGGAAAGAGCUUUGCUCAGAGUUCACAGCUUAGUAUCCAUCAGCGUAUCCACACUGGGGAGAAACCUUAUAAAUGCGUGCAGUGUGGAAAGAGCUUUGCUCAGAGUUCAUAUCUUACUGUCCACCAACGAAUCCACACGGGAGAAAUCUUAUAA